AAGUCUUAUCUUCCUGAAGACAACACCUGUCCUCUCGUGUCGGACACUGACUUACCUUAAGUAUGAAGACAAGGCUCUGUGUUGUUUUGACCUUACUCUACAUCUGUAUCGUUAACGCAGAUUAUGGCCAUUCUGGUUGUAAUAGUCCGUCGUAUCUGACCAGUAACUACGGGCGUAUCCUCUCACAAAGUGGAUACGGAUCCUCCAGCUCGAAAUAUGGAAAUAACAAUGACUGCACGUGGAGGAUCAAUGCUCCAACUGGCAAGGUCAUCCGGCUGACCUCAGCAAACUUCCACCUGGAGGCCGAUAAUCAAUGUAGCUAUGACUUCCUCGCGGUGUAUGACGGAUCCUCGUCCGGGGCCAAGCUGAUAGGCAAGUUCUGUGGUACCCAGUCAGUGAGCGUCGUUUCGUCUGGAACCCAUCUCUUCCUCGAGUUUAUCACAGACGACAGUGUCCAUUUCUCUGGAUUUCAGUUAAAUUACAGAUUUAUCCAGUCCACUAGUUCUUGCGGAGGGAAUGAUCACAUGUGCCCUAAUCACAAGUGUAUCCCUCACAGCUUCCUGUGUGACGGGGACAACGACUGCGGAGAUCACAGUGAUGAAGCUUCCUGUUCCGGUUCGGGUGCUGCUAAUUGUAAUGCCGGUGAAUUCGCCUGCCCGGAUCACUCUUGCAUACCAUCCUCCUGGAAAUGUGACGGUGAUAAUGACUGUGGCGAUAAUUCCGACGAACGCAAUUGCGCAGUCUCGACCACAUCUUCUUCCGGUGUAUUCACGCAUGUUGGUGAUUCCGGAUGUGGAAACAAGGCAGAUAAUAACGGCACUUCCGGUAGUUUCAGCAGCAAGAAUUAUCCUAACAAUUAUUCACCUAAAAUGUCGUGUCGAUGGGUGAUCAACGUCCCCGCCGGAAAGGUAAUACAACUUACAUUCAACAACAAUUUCAAUGUGGAGUCGUCCAAUGGAUGUACUUACGAUAAGGUGACGGUCUAUAAUGGAGGGUCACUCCAGGUCAUUGGAGAGUAUUGUGGAAGUUCAGCGCCUGCUCCAGUCGUUGUUAAUAGCAACCAUGCUGUAGUUGUAUUUACUUCGGAUAGCAGCGACCAAUACACGGGAUUUCAAAUCAACUGGUCAGCUGUUGAUGCCGGUGCCUCCGUCACAACUUCACGCCCAGGAGCUGCCAGCACGUGCACGAAGGAUAUCCAUUUUACUUCCCAGGGAGUAAUCACCACCCCCGGAUUUGGUCUCCAUAGUAACUACCCAGCAGACAGCCACUGUAUCUGGAGACUCUUCGCGCCAGCUGGAAAUAUCAUCAGACUCCACUUUACCAGUUUUGGCGUCGAAGGAGGUCGCUCUUGUCCGUUCGAUGCUGUCCAUGCUUUUGAUGGCUCUUCAUCUGCUGGAACCGAGCUCGCCAAUGUUUGUGGGAAUCAUAUACCAGCAGAUAUCCUCUCCAAGACAAACGUCAUGUUUGUUAGUUUCAACUCGGACGCAGAUACGCAGGACAUAGGAUUUAACGCUACGUACACCUUUGAGAAGGUACAAGUGUCCCCUGUGUCACAGCUGACUGACGCAGCUUGUCAUGCCUCGACUGCGCCUAUACUCAACAGUACUUCUGGUGUGAUUAUCUCUGAGGGUCGCGCUGACGGCCAUCGUUACCCAGACAAUCUGAACUGUCGCUGGGCACUAAACGCCCCUCCUGGCAAAGUCAUCACGCUCACCUUUAAUGACUUUGACGUCGAGAAGGACACUGACUGUGAUUACGACUCUCUAAAAAUAUAUGACGGUUCUUCAGCGCAUGCGCACCUUAUGGGAACUUAUUGCGGAAUAACAUAUCCCAGCACGAUAACGUCUACCGGAAACCAUAUGUAUAUCCGGUUCAACACGGACGACAGUGAGGGAGGCGCUGGGUUUAACAUCACGUACACAGUACACGAUCCCAUCCCUACAUGUUCACCGACGCAGUUCACUUGCUCCGACGGCAAAUGCAUUAGCAACACUGCCGUGUGUGACAACCACAGGGAUUGUACGGACGGGGGCGACGAACAACUGUGUGCUAACAGUGGAACAUGUGGAAGGCCUGCUAUUACUCCGUCGCUAGGAAACAACAAAAUAGUCGGAGGUAAAGAGGCUGUUCCGAACAGUUGGCCAUGGCAAGGAUCUUUGACAUUCGGAUCAUUUCACGAGCACCUUUGUGGAGCGACCUUAAUCAGUCCCCAUUUCGCCGUCACAGCGGCACACUGCUUUGAGGAUGACCGGACGCCUCGCCACUGGCAGCUGGUACUGGGGAAACACCAUUUGAAGCAACACGAUUCUCACCAGGUUACCGUCGACAUCGCUAAGAUCAUGGUCCACGAGCACUACGACCCUGACGCCACCAGCAAUGACAUAACACUGCUAAAACUGGCCACACCUGUGCAUCUUAACGAUUACGUCAAUGUAGCGUGCCUGCCGUCUCAGCCAGUCAGGGAUAACCAGGAAUGUUACACCACAGGAUUCGGUGACGUUCUAGGUACGUGUUGUGCCGAUGUCCUUAAACAAGCCGCCUUACCGAUCGUCAAUAUUAACACGUGUAAUAGCUCGAGCUAUUUGGACGGACAAGUGUUGGACACGAUGAUAUGUGCUGGCUAUUCCAAAGGUGGCCAUGACUCAUGUCAGGGUGACAGUGGUGGUCCUUUGGUAUGUAAUAUUGGCGGGAAAUGGCAGCUGGAAGGAAUUGUUUCCUGGGGCAUAGGAUGUGGAGACCCUAACCAGCCCGGCGUUUACACUCGAGUAUUUAAAUACGUACAGUGGGUACAACAACACAUAGCGGCUAAUUCCUAGUCAGAAAGGACGCACCUCUUUACAUAGAUUAACAAAUUACCAAUAAAUAACAUUUAAAAUUGUU